UCUUCCUGAACACCAGUGUUUCACCUUUACUCUGAAGUUUAACCGUGAACUUUUGGUAAACUUUGGGGCAUACAUCUGCACGGACAGUACCUGAAACGAAGUCCUCAGAUGCAGGCGGGUGGCCCCCUCAGCCGCUUCCCCCUCCAACAACUGAACACAGCUGCAAGUGGAAGUGAGAGCUGGCCUCGACCACAGAAACACGAAGUGAGCACCGUGAGUGUCUGUGAUUGGUCUGAUGAAGUCAUGAGACAAAAGGCCCUUUCUCCACAUUAUGUGUUGGCUGCUGCUGAUGUGUUGUCACUUGUCUCUGCGGCUGUGGACAAAGUGAGCUUUCAGAUCCGUCCAGCAUGAAUUCCAUGAUGAUAUUCUACCUGCUCUACUUCCUGUGCCUGUGCUUGAGUGUUGCCUGUGUCAUCUGUUUGUGCGUGUGGAACAGCCUGUGGCGCGGCGGUUUUGCCUGGGAUGGCUCACAGCUGGAGUUUAACUGGCACCCCGUCCUAAUGGUUACCGGCCUGGUGGUGCUCUAUGGCAAUGGCGCCGUGUUGUACCGCAUACCUUUGACCUGGGGUUAUGACAAACUCCCCUGGAAGCUCCUCCAUGCUGCGCUGAUGCUCCUCUCUCUCAUCCUGUCCGUUGUGGGACUCUGCGCUGUGUUUAACUACCACAACGCCAAGAACAUUCCCAACCUUUAUUCUUUGCACAGCUGGAUUGGAAUUGCAGCCGCGGCUCUUUUUGCCAUACAGUGGGUAGCUGGUUUUGCUGGAUUUCUCCUGCCUUGGACUCCUUUAUCAAUGCGCAAGCUCCUCAAACCCGUCCAUGUGUGGUUGGGAGGAAGCAUCCUGAUACUCAGCAUCGCCGCCAGCAUCUCUGGCAUCAACGAGAAACUCUUCUUUGCUCUAAAAGGACAAACCAACGAGACUCAGCCAUACUCCAGCCUACCUCCUGAAGCUCUGGUGGGAAACUCUUUAGGGGUUUUGAUCGUAGUUUUCGGUUUGAUUGUUCUGAGGAUUUUGUCCACCAGCGAAUGGCAGAGACCUGACUCCAGCCCUGAGGACCGGACGUAUGCGCCUAUACUACGUGAAGAAAGUGAUUGAUUGCAUCGCUGCUCGCCAAAAUUUGACCAGCAAGGAUUCCGCUCGCCAUUCUAGUCCUAUAAGCAGCAGAUUACCUCGUGUAGCAAAGUCUAUGAGUGACAUUCUAAUAUAAUUUUGAAAAUAUAUUUAAAAUGACUUGAACAAUGAAUAAAAAUGCCUUUUUUUCUUUCUUUUUACAAAUUAUGAUUUUUUUUGCUGAUGUUAUGAUGAUAUCAGAGUAUACAAAUAAUUCAGACCAACCAUGUCUUACUACAAUGUGAUAAUCAACAUUCAAACUAUUUAUAGAUACACAGAUGACAUUGCUCCAAAAUCUAGUCAAGGUUUGCAGAAGUAGCAUGUAUAUUUACUCUGAAUCAGGAACUACUCUAAACGGAAGACCUCAACGUUUUGUGCAUUGUCAUUAUGAGAGGUUAUAAUUUUUGUGUUACCACUUUGGUCAACUAAUGUUAUCUCAAAACUUUGUGGUUAGUUUCUAACUUUGACCAGAUUGUGGUUUGCAGCAAAAACACUGAAUAAUAACCAAAGCCAGGUCAGAAAUAAAAAAUAAAAUAAAAUAAAAUAGAUGAUCAGCAUUUCUUCUGGCCGAUGCUGCAGAGCUAAACUCAGGUGUAGAUUUUUUUUACUAGAUCUGCAAACAAUGUAAAACAUGUUUGUGUUUAAAUAUCAUCAUGUUUUAUGAUCUUUUUCUAUUCAGUCUACAUCUAUAUAUACAUUUAAACCAUGUAUAUGAGGGGCACUGCACUUUUUUCUUUUUGUUAUGAAAAGAAAUAUCUCUUCAUCCAUUUCUUGUGCCUGCCUCAUCUUCAAAAGUUUUUCCAACAUGCUAAAUUCUGAUUAGAGAAGACAUACUUUGAAGUGGAAACCGUCUUUUCUUGACAUGUGGACAAAUUCUGUGAUUGUUUUUCUCCCUUUCUGCUGUGAUGCUGUAAUAUAAACUGAAAAAGAAAUUUAAAUGCAAAUGAGGAGGCAAAACAGAA